UAGGAGUUUUCUUUUUUUCCCCAGACAUAGCCAUUUAAAGUUUAGGAAGUUUUAAAUUUACCAGUUUUAUUUUAAAAUAGAAAUAAAAUAAAAUAAUAAAAUAAGCUAUUUCUGCAGCUUUCUGAGAUUUGGUGUGUUUCUGUAGUGUUUCACUCUAACUACACAAACACACAAAAUAUUGCAAGGUUGUAGGUGGCAUUUUGUGCAGGAAAAAGUGUGAAAGUUGGUUUUUGAGUUUUUUUGUGGCUGUGUGAGGUUCCUGCUUGUUGCAGGGGCCAUUCUGGGUCAAGUGCAGCUGUUUUACGUUACGUGUGAGUCAGUUGUGUUGUCUUCUGUUGUGUGUGUAAAGUGCGAAAGUUGGUUUUUGGAUUAUUAUUUAAGACUUGAAAGGAGAAUUAACAGAAACAGGCCAAGGUGAAACUCUUUUUUCUUCCUCUCCUUUUUGGAGGCAUUUUGAAAUAUGGCUGUUACAUUUUUCUUUUUAAAUGGCUGUUACCACUUCUAUUUUUUUUUUUAACCUAUAUCUAUUUGCUGCCAGGUGGUAACGUUGUGAAUUCUUUUUUCUUUUUUUUGAAUAAUUGUAAUUUGGGGUAUUUUUCCUCUCUCUGAGGCAAUUGGAUUAAGGUUAGAAGAACCUGAAGAAAAGAAGCAAGAAAAACUCUGAGAAUUGGAUUUGGAUUUCAAAGCUUUUUGGCUGCUCUUUUUUUCCCCAUCAUUUUUGUUACCACCUUGGUUUUCUAUUUUUCUUUUUCUUUUUGUCUUUCUUGUUGGUUUUUUUUUUUGGCAGGCCUAUAUUUGGCUAUAAAUUGGCUUGGAAAUACAACGAGCUAUAUUCGGUGGACUACAAAUCUCAAGACAUUACAAGAGGAAGAAAACAUCAGCAUUGUCCUCAGUGUGUUCCUCUGCAACUUCUUUUGGGGGGAGCUUUAAAAUAAAUACUUAAUUGGGGUUUUUUAGGAGUUUUCUCUUUUUUUAGACAUAGCCAUUUAAAGUUUAGGAAGCUUUAAAUUUAGCUGCUCUUAUCUAAAAAUGUAAAUAAAAUAAAAUAAUAAAAUAUAAUAAAAUAUUUGGGCAACUUUCUAAGAUUUGGUGUGUUUCGGUAGUGUUUCACUCUAACUACACAAACACACAAAAUCUUGCAAAGCUGUAGAUGGCAUUUGGUGCAGGAAAAGUUUAAAAGUUGGUUUUUGAGCUUUUUGUGGCUGUGUGAGGUUCCUGCUUGUUGCAGGGGUCAUUUUGUUGUUUUACAAACAGCUGUUUUACAUUGCGUGUGAGUCAAUUGUAUUGUGUUCUGUUAUGUGUGUGUAAAGUGUGAAAGUUGAUUUUUGGAUUAUUAUUUAAGUAUUGAUUGCAUGAAAUAAUUGGUAUAUCUUCUCCUUGUAGGUCAUUAUUAUCAUUGGUGCAAGAAGCGAUGUUGAAGAGAUCACUUUUAUUCCUCUUACGGAAGUACCUGUUUGCCUGUUUUGUGUACUCUGUUUAUUUUUUUAUUAUUAUUAUUAUUUAUUCGAUUUCUAUACCGCCCUUCUCCCGAAGGACUCAGGGCGGUGUACAGCCAAAAUAAAAACAAACAAUACGAUAUACAAUUAAAACAAAAAUUAAAAAACUUAUUACACAAUUGGCCUAAAACUUUAAAACAUUUAAAAUUCUAAAAACCCAUUAAAAUUCAUAAUAUAAAGUUAAAACCCACAAAAAUUUAAGCCAGCCCCGCGCGAAUAAAUAAGUGUGUUUUCAAUUCGCGGCGGAAGAUCCGAAGGUCAGGUAUUUGGCGUAAACCAGGGGGAAGUUCAUUCCAGAGGGUAGGAGCCCCCACAGAGAAGCAUCUUCCCCUGGGGGCCGCCAGCCGACAUUGUUUGGCGGACGGCACCCUGAGAAAUCCCUCUCUGUGUGAGCGUACGGGUCGGUGGGAGGCAUGAGGUAACAGUAGGCGGUCCCGUAAGUACCCAGGCCCUAAGCCAUAGAGCACUUUAAAGGUAGUAACCAGAACCUUGAAGUGCACCCGAAAGACCACAGGCAGCCAGUGCAGUCUGCGAAGGAGUGGUGUUACAUGGGAGCUACGUGGAGCUCCCUCUAUCAUCCGCGCAGCUGCAUUCUGGACUAGCUGAAGCCUCCGGGUGCACCUCAAGGGGAGCCCCAUGUAGAGAGCAUUACAAUAAUCCAACAAUUUAAGUAUUGUUUGCAUGAAAUAAUGGUUAUAUUUUCUUUUUGUAGGUCAAAAAAAGGCAAAGAAGUGACUUCGACUUGAACACGCUCACCCGGUCACUGGACCACCAAGCCACGCCCGCCAAUCAAGCCAAGACCACAGAACCGGUAAGGAAAAAUUUUUGAUUUCACCCCUGGUUGGAUUAUAGAUUUACAGUGGCAGAUAAAAAUAGAGAAAAACCAAGUAUCUCCUUAGAAAUGGAUAGGGCAGAUGAUUAUUUGAGAUUUCAGAAUAUAGAAGAAGAAAAGAAGGAAACCUAGUGGAGAUAAUGGCAGAUAUGCUGUUGGAUGUGAUGGAGGAAUCUAAGGAAAACAUUCUGUAUAAUAUAACUGAAAUAUUUAGAGUGCAUAUAGAUACACAAUGAGAAACAAAUUACCUAGAGAGGUGUAUGUUAGCUUCACUAAGAAAGUAAUAAAAACAGAGAUCCUGCAGAGAGCAAGCGAUAACCUGAGGAAGUAUAAAGGUUGACAAAUAGUAGUGUUAAAACUAAUUCUGAGAAGAGUUAGAGUCUUAAGUAGACAAUACCAGUUUUUGACAAAUUAUUUAAUUAAAAGAGGAGUGAAUUUUAGAUGGUUGAUACUGGAAGCAGCAUUGGUGACCUGGGAGGAGCGAUGGCGACAGUGGUUUGGAGAACCAGUAGAAACAAUCCCUGCCCUCCUCGUCCAUGCCCACCCAAUCGCCCGGUUGCCCACUUGCCAGCUUGGCCGCUCGCUGCUUCUUUCCUACUCGCUCUUGCCCUUAUUCACCUGCUGCAAUCCCUGCAACCAAUGGCAUCAGCUAGCAACUGAAUCUGCCUACCUGCAAUCAAUCUCAGUGGUGAGCAACAUAAACUGCCUGCCUGCUUUUUGCCUUCAGUUGGGUAAGUAACUGGGGUUUUUUGGUGGGGAGGAAGCUUUAAAAAAGGUAGUUAAUUGGGUUUUCUUGUAGGAGUUUUCUUUUUUUCCCCAGACAUAGCCAUUUAAAGUUUAGGAAGUUUUAAAUUUACCAGUUUUAUUUUAAAAUAGAAAUAAAAUAAAAUAAUAAAAUAAGCUAUUUCUGCAGCCUUCUGAGAUUUGGUGUGUUUCUGUAGUGUUUCACUCUAACUACACAAACACACAAAAUAUUGCAAGGUUGUAGGUGGCAUUUUGUGCAGGAAAAAGUGUGAAAGUUGCUUUUUGAGUUUUUUUGUGGCUGUGUGAGGUUCCUGCUUGUUGCAGGGGCCAUUCUGGGUCAAGUGCAGCUGUUUUACGUUGCUUGUGAGUCAGUUGUGUUGUCUUCUGUUGUGUGUGUAAAGUGCGAAAGUUGGUUUUUGGAUUAUUAUUUAAGACUUGAAAGGAGAAUUAACAAAAACAGGCCAAGGUGAAACUCUUUUUUCUUCCUCUCCUUUUUGGAGGCAUUUUGAAAUAUGGCUGUUACAUUUUUCUUUUUAAAUGGCUGUUACCACUUCUAUUUUUUUUUUUAACCUAUAUCUAUUUGCUGCCAGGUGGUAACGUUGUGAAUUCUUUUUUCUUUUUUUUGAAUAAUUGUAAUUUGGGGUAUUUUUCCUCUCUCUGAGGCAAUUGGAUUAAGGUUAGAAGAACCUGAAGAAAAGAAGCAAGAAAAACUCUGAGAAUUGGAUUUGGAUUUCAAAGCUUUUUGGCUGCUCUUUUUUUCCCCAUCAUUUUUGUUACCACCUUGGUUUUCUAUUUUUCUUUUUCUUUUUGUCUUUCUUGUUGGUUUUUUUUUUUGGCAGGCCUAUAUUUGGCUAUAAAUUGGCUUGGAAAUACAACGAGCUAUAUUCAGUGGACUACAAAUCUCAAGACAUUACAAGAGGAAGAAAACAACAUCAGCAUUGUCCUCAGUGUGUUCCUCUGCAACUUCUUUUGGGGGGAGCUUUAAAAUAAAUACUUAAUUGGGGUUUUUUAGGAGUUUUCUCUUUUUUUAGACAUAGCCAUUUAAAGUUUAGGAAGCUUUAAAUUUAGCUGCUCUUAUCUAAAAAUGUAAAUAAAAUAAAAUAAUAAAAUAUAAUAAAAUAUUUGGGCAACUUUCUAAGAUUUGGUGUGUUUCGGUAGUGUUUCACUCUAACUACACAAACACACAAAAUCUUGCAAAGCAAGAUUGGUGCAGGAAAAGUUUGAAAGUUGAUUUUUGAGCUUUUUGUGGCUGUGUGAGGUUCCUGCUUGUUGCAGGGGUCAUUUUGUUGUUUUACAUUGUGCGUGAGUCAGUUGUGUUGUGUUUUGUCGUGUGUGUGUGUUGCCUUGCUUCACCUGCUGCAAUCAAUGGCAUCAGCUAGCAACUGAAUCUGCCUGCCUGCAAUCAAUCUCAGUGGUGAGCAACAUAAACUGCCUGCCUGCCUUGUGCCUUCAGUUGGGUAAGUAACUGGGGGGGGGGAAGCUUUAAAAAAGGUAGUUAAUUGGGUUUUCUUUUGGAGUUUUUUUUUUUAGACAUAGCCAUUUAAAGUUUAGGAAGUUUUAAAUUUACCAGCUUUUAUUUAAAAAUAUUAAUAAAAUAAAAUAAUAAAAUAAACUAUUUCUGCAACUUUCUGAGAUGGGGCAUUGAUACUUACCUGAGACGCACCUUCUAGUUCAGUGGAGACAGCAGUCAGUGGGGAUUUAACUCCUCUGUUCCUAUUGGACAACUGAGUCUGUUGAAGCUGUAAAGUCCCGCCCCAGCAAUUGACGAAGGCGAGAAAAAAACCAGACUUGAUGCGUUGUGAAAAGGAAACAAACCAACAUUUAUUAUGAAAAACAACAAGCCAGAACGAAAAUAGGGAGGGGAUGACUGCUGUCUCCACUGAACUAGAAGAUGCGUUUCAGGUAAGUACCAACGCCCCUUAUUGUGGAGACAGCAGUCAGUGGGGGACAUACCAAAGCCUAGUGUCCCUAACUACGGGAGGGAUCAGUCUGGACUGAUUCAACCUCAGAUACAAACACCUGCUGCAGCACUCUACGGCCAAAGGCUGCUUCAGCCGAAGCAUAUUUGUCCACUCUAUAGUGUCUAAUAAACGGAGAGAGCGAUGACCAGGUAGCUGCCCUGCAUAUUUCUGGUAAGGAUGCCUGAGUAGACUAGGCAGCCGAGGUAGCUGCGCUGUGAGUAGAAUGCGCUGUUAAACGAGCGGGUCUUGGUAGAGAUCUCAUCUCAUAAGCUUUAGCUAUUGUGUGCCUAAUCCAUCUGCCAAUAGUUGACGAAGUCACCUUGCGCCCUAAGGAAACAGGAAGGAAUGACACAAACAAGGACUCUGUCCUUCUUAUCUCUGCCGUUCUCUUAAUAUAUAUUCGUAAGGCCCUUCUAACAUCUAGUGUAUGCCAACGGCGUUCCAACCCAUGAACUGGUUGAGGACAAAAAUUGGGCAAAUUAAGUUCCUGCAUGCGAUGAAAAACUGAAUUAACUUUAGGAAUAAAGGAAGGGUCCAAACGAAGAACCACCCGGUCUGGAUGGAAAAUACAUAGGUCACUGCGUAUCGAAAGAACGGCUAAUUCUGAAAUCCUCCUGGCUGAGGUGAUAGCCACCAAAAAGGCAACUUUACAAGUUAAUAGUCUAAGAGUGGUAGUCCUCAAGGGUUCAUAAGGAGCCCCUGUAAGGGAAUUUAGGACCAAUGAGAGAUCCCAAGUGGGAUAUCUAUGGACUACCGGAGGACACAAGUUCUUGGCCCCCUUAAAAAAUCUCCUGAUGGAAGGAUGUUGGGACAAGGAAGACAAGGGCUCACAGGAUAGGACAGUGGAAAUAGCUGCUACUUGCCUACGAAGGGUGUUGGGAGCUAACCCCUUGUCUAAUCCCUCCUGUAAAAACUCCAAAAUCUGUAGUAUAGAGACCCUGAGAGGGGACGCCCCCACCCUCUUACACCAGGAGCAAAAUGCCCGCCAAGAGGCUGAAUAAAUGCAUUCAGUAGAAGGCCUCCGUGACGCUAGCAUAGUUCGAAUAAGUCUGGAAGACAUAUUGUCUCUUCUCAUGGCGCACCGCUCAAGCGCCAAACAGUCAAUUGGAGCCAUUGAGGGUCUGGAUGAACCAGAGCCCCCUGACUGAGCGACACUCUGCUGGGAGGAAUCGUCCAGGGAGGAGUCACCAACAGUGACUUGAGGUCUGCGAACCAAGACCUCCAAGGCCAGUGUGGAGCCACUAGGAUGACCUCUGCCUGCUCCUCUAGUAUCCGCCGCACCACUCUCGGGAUGAUUGGAAGUGGAGGAAACGCAUAGAGUAACCCCUCUGGCCAUGGACUGUGAAGAGCAUCGACUCCCUCUGCUAGCGGAUCUGGAAAUCUGGAAAAGAAACGAGGAAGCUGCGUGUUCUGCCGUGUUGCGAACAUGUCCACCACCGGAGUGCCAAAUCGACGUGAGAGGUCCUUGAAUAGAUCUGGAUGCAGACGCCACUCCGCCUGGUCAAUGACUUGACGACUGAGCCAGUCUGCCUGAACAUUGGACACUCCGGAGAUGUGUUCUGCUGCCAAGGAUUGAAGGUUCCGUUCCGCCCACAGGAGUAGUCGCCUUGCUUCCUCCAUCAGAGCCUUGGACCUGGUGCCCCCUUGUCGGUUGAUAUGUGCCUUGGCUGUGAUAUUGUCCGUGAGCACUAGCACGUGCUUGCCUGAUAGAUGGCUCUGGAAAAAACGAAGAGCUAGGUAAAUUGCUCGCAAUUCUAGCCAGUUGAUAGGGAAACGCCUUUCUCAGGCGGACCAUCUCCCCUGAGCCACCAGCGAUUGGAAGUGUGCUCCCCAACUGAGGAGACUGGCAUCUGUUGUCACCACCAAACGAUGAGGCUCGUGUAGAGGGGAACCCUUGGAGAUCGCCAGUGACAGCCACCAGAUGAGAGACCUGCGAACUGCUUUGGGCACCAGAACCUUGGAAUGGGAGUUGCCUGUGCCCGCCCUCUGGAAAGGCAAAAGGAACCAUUGGAGGUCUCUAGAAUGGAAUCUCGCCCAUGGAGUGAUAGAAAUGGCCGAUAUCAUCUUACCCAGGAGUUGAGAUAAUGACAGUAAGGAAACUUUAUGUUCCCUUAAAAUAGAACACACUAAAGACCUGAGACUAACCUGUCUUUCCUGUGACAAGGAAACGCUAUCUGCUACUGAAUCGAUAAUCGCUCCUAAGUGUAGUAAACAGGUUGAAGGAGUCAAGUGACUCUUCUCUAUGUUAAUAGAGAAACCAUGCAAUGAGAGAGCCUGAACAACGACCCGGAUAUCCUCUCUAGCCCUCAUCUCUGAAGAUGACAAAAUUAAAAUAUCAUCUAAGUAGCAGUAUAGUCGAAUCGGAAUGGCCCUAAGAUGAGCCGCUAGGGCAGCUAAUACUUUGGUGAAGACUCUUGGGGCAGAGGACAACCCAAAUGGCAAGGCCCUAUACUGAUAAUGGACCCCUUUAUAACAAAACCAGAGAAACUUCCGGUGAUCAGGAAGAAUGGGGAUGUGCAGGUAAGCCUCAGUGAGGUCAAUGGAGGUAAGGAAGUCGCCCUUCCUAACACCAUCUAAAAUCGAACGAAGAGAGCGCAUUUUAAACUUACGAUACACGAUGAAACGGUUCAAUCUCUUAAGGUCUAAUAUGGGUCUCCACCCACCAGAAGACUUAGGUACUAAAAAUAAAAGGGAAUAAAACCCCUGUCCCUGUUGAUGUACCGGAACUGAUUGAAUCGCCCUAAUGUCCAGCAAAUAUUUGACCGCUGAAGACAUUAGAACCUGCUUAUCCCUGUCCCUAGAAAGAGGACAGCGGAUGUGAAAAUUUGGUGGAAUAGAAAUAAACUCCAGGGAUAAACCGUAUCUAAUCGUGUUGUUGACCCAGAUAUCUGAAGUAGUAUACUCCCAUUGGUCCGCAAAAAGGGCCAAUCUGCCACCAACGGGAGAAUCAGUAAUGCACUUAACGAUGACGCCUGAAGGGGCGACUUCCUCCACCCCGAAAGGGCCGCUUAGAUGAAAAAGGCCUGCCACGGGAGGAUCUAUCCUGACCUCCUCUCUGUCUAGGGUGCCAAGAGCCCUGAAACUUGGAAGUACUGACCCCCCAAUCAGAACCUCGAAAGGAAGGAUGACGAGAAAAAGGGUGGAAACGACUGUCCCCUCUGCGAUGUACUGUAGGCAAAACUUUUCUUUUAUCUUUGGUCUCAAUUAAUAACGGUUCUAAUGCAGCACCAAAAAGAAAUUCUCCGGCGAAGGGAGCAGACGCUAAUCUCCAUUUAUGACGGGCAUCGGCCUGCCAGUGACGAAGCCAGAGCAGUCGUCACGCUGUCAGGGCUGAAGCCAUGGACUUAGAUGCAAAACGCAUGGAAUGUAAAGUGGCAUCCGCCGAAAAUUGAACAGCUGCAAUGCUCUUGUUCAAAUCUUGAUGGAUACGGAUAUCCCCCGCGGGAAGCUUCUCCUGAAAUUGUCGAAGCCACAGCAAGGUAGCUCUAUUAAAGAAAGAAGCUGAAGAAGCUGAGCGGAUGGCCCAGGCAGACCCCUGAUGUGCUCUCUGGAGCACCUGCUCUGCCCGUCUGUCCUCCGGUCGUAAACCUUCUUCUGGUUGGCCUGGAAUGGAUGAAGAAGCAGACAAGGCCGCUACCGGAGCAUUCACAGUAGGAGUUUGGAGAACUGAAGACAAAUCAGGAUCUACAUUAAAGAAGCGUUUAUCUGCUGAAGUUGGAAUCGUUGAAGAACUGGGAGCAGACCACUGGCGUUUGACUACUUCUAUAAACAGACCAGGUGCAGGUAUAGUAUCAACAACACGGUCUGGUUCGGAAAAUACAAGGUCUGACGCACCCUUGGAGGAUGAUGCUACUGAUUGAGCAGAGGAAGAACCCAACUGUGCCACAUUUUUUGCCUUAAACAGCAAUGACUUAAAAAGAUUAGGUGGAAAAAGGCCGGUAAAAGCUGGUUGUUCAGGAAGUAACCCUUCAUCCUCAGACAAGUCGGGAUCUGCACGUUCCAACUCCUCCAAAAAGGAAUGUUGACUGACAAUUGAUUGAGCAGGAGAAAUUGAAUCCAGCUGUGAUUGUAAUUCUUCCCUUUCAGGAUCAUCUCCCAUCACUGAAGCCAUGGAACGAGCUGAAGGAACAUGCCCUGAUAACUGAAGGCCCGAAAUGAGAGUCUUUUGAAUCGUUUGCUCGAUAAUAGCCUGAAUGUGAGGAGAAAUCGGUAACUCUUGCUCUGCCUCCUGACCCACAGGCUGAUGUACAAUAGAAGAAGCUGGAUGAGGCACAUCCUCAGAAACCAAAACCGUGGGCAUAUCCACUGAUUGAAUGACUGGGGGAAGAGAUCCACCCCACAAUGCCUCUGUGGGAAUAUCAACUGGGCAGCAUUGUAAAGAAGAUUGGUCUGGAGAAGUGGCAGUUAAACCUUCUUGAGUAGGAACCCCAGCUGGAACAACAGGCCCUGGGCUAAUUACUGCAGAGGAGGAUAAAGUUGGAGUUGCCUUGCUACAACUCUUUUUAAUGGCUUGAUCUCUCCUUUGCUCAUCCCUUAGAGAGGCUUUGGAAGCCUUACUAUGGCUAGAAUAAGAAUGGGCCUUAGAGGGCUGCUUGGAAGAGCGACUGCUCUUAGAAGUAGGAGCCCCAGAGGAAGGAUCUCCAGAUGGGCCUGAAUCAUCUCUCUGAGGGGAGUCUGUUCCCCGACGUUUGUUAGAUUUGGUGUGCUUAUAUAUGAUGGUAAGACCCAGAAGAACAACAAUGCCAAUAGAAAUCUCAGAUAAACUGCGCCCCCAAAAUGGCGGCCGCCAGCAAGGAGGAGGAAACGCAAACGGUCAAAACAAAAAAACAAAAAAACAAAAACCUGUUAUGCUAUUUAAAGUUGGCUGCUCAGCAGGGAGUCUCUGCAGACAGGCAGCUGUUAUCAAUAAUGAGCACGAAGCUCCAACGCCCCACUUUGGCACUUUACGCUCCCAGAGAAAAAUUCCCGAGCUCCAACUGAAACUGAAAGUUCGCACACAAUGCCUCUAAAAUGGCUGCCACCACGUGAAUGAGCAAGGGGGCGGGGCGAGCUAGAAGCUCUCCAAGUCUCCUGCCGCCUUUUGAAUUUUGUUUAAAAAAAAAAGUUUUGGCGCCAAAAAAACAGAUUGCACACGCUGAGGAGACAGAGGGCUGGGUAUAAAGCAGGCUACCCACAUGGGAGCGAUAAAACUCCACUGCGAUCAAGAUAAGAGCCGAACGGCAAAAAAUUCUAACUAAAAAAACCACUCGGCAAGCCCUCAGCAGCGCUGUAAGCUGCUCUUGAGAUAUCGGGAGCGUAAAACUCCACCCAUCAAAACUCUGCUGUCUUCGGGGGCGCUAGACCCCACCAAAAAAAAUCCCGGAACACUUGCCUUUCAACGGGAUUGAAGCAGAUAAAAGAAAAGAAAAAGAAAAAAAAUUCCAUCUGCAGACAGCAGAGGGCACUCCAAUACAAAAAAGUGCCUCAGAAUUAGUUUUAAAGAAAAAGGGAUUUCUUUCGGAAACAGACAAAAACACUCACAAUUUGAAGCACAUUCCAGUCAGGAAAGGAGAAUUUCACAACACAUCCGUCCAAGUUGAACAACUGAGUCAAUUGCUGGGCUUCCUGGCAGCAAGGGGCGGGACUUUACAGCUUCAACAGACUCAGUUGUCCAAUCGGAACAGAGGAGUUAAACCCCCACUGACUGCUGUCUCCACAAUAACGGAGAAUUGGUGUGUUUUAGUAGUGUUUCACUCUAACUACACAAACACACAAAAUAUUGCAAGGUUGUAGGUGGCAUUUUAUGCGGAAAAAUGUUUAUGAGCUUUUUGUGGCUGUAUGAGGUUCCUGCUUGUUGCAGGCGUCAUUUUGUUGUUUUACAAACAGCUGUUUUACAUUGCGUGUGAGUCAGUUGUAUUGUGUUCUGUUAUGUGUGUGUAAAGUGUGAAAGUUGAUUUUUGGAUUAUUAUUUAAGUAUUGAUUGCAUGAAAUAAUUGGUAUAUCUUCUCCUUGUAGGUCAUUAUUAUCAUUGGUGCAAGAAGCGACGUUGAAGACAUCACUUUUAUUCACCUUACGGAAGUACCUGUGUGCCUCUUUCGUUUUGUGUACUUUGUUUAUUUUUUUAUUAUUAUUAUUAUUUAUUCGAUUUCUAUAUCGCCCUUCUCCCGAAGGACUCAGGGCGGUGUACAGCCAAAAUAAAAACAAACAAUAAGAUAUACAAUUAAAACAAAAAUUAAAAAACUUAUUACACAAUUGGCCAAAAAGUUUAAAACAUUUAAAAUUCUAAAAACCCAUUAAAAUUCAUAAUAUAAAGUUAAAACACACAAAAAUUUAAGCCAGCCCCGCGCAAAUAAAUAAGUGUGUUUUAAAUUCGCGGCGGAAGGUCCGAAGGUCAGGUAUUUGGCAUAAACCAGGGGGAAGUUCGUUCCAGAGGGUAGGAGCCCCCACAGAGAAGGAUCUUCCCCUGGGGGCCGCCAGCCGACAUUGUUUGGCGGACGGCACCCUGAGAAGUCCCUCUCUGUGUGAGCGUACGGGUCGGUGGGAGGCAUGAGGUAACAGUAGGUGGUCCCGUAAGUACCCAGGCCCUAAGCCAUGGAGCACUUUAAAGGUAGUAACCAGAACCUUGAAGUGCACCCGAAAGACCACAGGCAGCCAGUGCAGUCUGCGAAGGAGUGGUGUUACAUGGGAGCUACGUGAAGCUCCCUCUAUCACCCACGCAGCUGCAUUCUGGACUAGCUGAAGCCUCCGGGUGCACCUCAAGGGGAGCCCCACGUAGAGAGCAUUACAAUAAUCCAACAAUUUAAGUAUUGUUUACAUGAAAUAAUGGUUAUAUUUUCUUUUUGUAGGUCAAAAAAGGGCAAAGAAGUGACUUCGACUUGAACACGCUCACCCGGUCACUGGACCACCAAGCCACGCCCGCCAAUUAAACCAAGACCACAGAACCGAUGGUUGAUACUGGAAGCAGUAUUGGUGACCUGGGAGAAGCGAUGGCAACAGUGGUUUGGAGAACCAGUAGAAACAAUCCCUGCCCUCCUCGUCCAUGCCCACCCAAUCGCCCGGUUGCCCACUUGCCAGCUUGGCCGCUCGCUGCUUCUUUCCUACUCGCUCUUGCCUUGAUUCACCUGCUGCAAUCCCUGCAACCAAUGGCAUCAGCUAGCAACUGAAUCUGCCUGCCUGCAAUCAAUCUCAAUGGUGAGCAACAUAAACUGCCUGCCUGCCUUUUGCCUUCAGUUGGGUAAGUAACUGGGGUUUUUUGGUGGGGAGGAAGCUUUAAAAAAGGUAGUUAAUUGGGUUUUCUUGUAGGAGUUUUCUUUUUUUCCCCAGACAUAGCCAUUUAAAGUUUAGGAAGUUUUAAAUUUACCAGCUUUUAUUUUAAAAUAGAAAUAAAAUAAAAUAAUAAAAUAAGCUAUUUCUGCAGCUUUCUGAGAUUUGGUGUGUUUUGUAGUAUUUCACUCUAACUACACAAACACACAAAAUAUUGCAAGGUUGUAGGUGGCAUUUUGUGCAGGAAAAAGUGUGAAAGUUGGUUUUUGAGUUUUUUUGUGGCUGUGUGAGGUUCCUGCUUGUUGCAGGGGCCAUUCUGGGUCAAGUGCAGCUGUUUUACGUUGCGUGUGAGUCAGUUGUGUUGUCUUCUGUUGUGUUUGUAAAGUGCGAAAGUUGGUUUUUGGAUUAUUAUUUAAGACUUGAAAGGAGAAUUAACAGAAACAGGCCAAGGUGAAACUCUUUUUUCUUCCUCUCCUUUUUGGAGGCAUUUUGAAAUAUGGCUGUUACAUUUUUCUUUUUAAAUGGCUGUUACCACUUCUAUUUUUUUUUUACCUAUAUCUAUUUGCUGCCAGGUGGUAACGUUGUGAAUUCUUUUUUCUUUUUUUUGAAUAAUUGUAAUUUGGGGUAUUUUUUCUCUCUCUGAGGCAAUUGGAUUAAGGUUAGAAGAACCUGAAAAAAAGAAGCAAGAAAAACUCUGAGAAUUGGAUUUGGAUUUCAAAGCUUUUUGGCUGCUCUUUUUCCCCCCAUCAUUUUUGUUACCACUUUGGUUUUCUAUUUUUCUUUUUCUUUUUGUCUUUCUUGUUGGUUUUUUUUGGUGGGCCUAUAUUUGGAUAUAAAUUGGCUUAGAAAUACAACGAGCUAUAUUUGGUGGAUUACAAAUCUCAAGACAUUACAAGAUGAAGAAAACAACAUCAGCAUUGUCCUCAGUGUGUUCCUCUGCAACUUCUUUUGGUGGGAGCUUUAAAAUAAAUAGUUAAUUGUAUUUUUUUAAGGAGUUAUAUUUUUUAGUGUUUUGUUGUAUGUGUGUAAAGUGUAAAAGUUGUUUUUUAGUGUUUUUGUGGCUGCAUGCAGUUUGUGCUUGUUGCAGGGUCCGUUUCGGGUCAAGCACAGUUGCUUUUAUGUUGUUGGUGAGUCUGUUGUGUUGUGUUGUGUUGUGUGUGUAUAAAGUGGAAAAGUUGUUUUUUGGGCUUUUUGUGACUUUUGUGUGCUUUUACAUUGUGUGCAUCAGCUAACAAAGCUCCUUUUUUCUUUUUUGCAGUAGCUGCUUCCUUUAACCGGAAGGAUGAAAAGGCAACAGACUUUGACGGGUUUCUUGGCCAAGAAACCAAAACAUGACCAACAACCAGCAGAAGUGAACAAGAACCAUCCCCAGCGCCACAAGCACCACCACCUGAAACCAGACGAAACACCAAAGCAAGUACAGAGUCACCCGCCGCAUCUGAAAUCUGAACCAUUCUUCCAGACGGCUGGACCAUGCAACAGUGCAGCUAUUUCCAAGAGAAAUAUGACAGGUUGGAAGUUCAAACAAGAAACUAGGUUGUAAAUACUGUGCAGAACAUGGCUUCGCAAUGGAGAGCGGUAUUCAUGCAAGCAAAGAGUGGAAGCUUUUCAAGAUUGAGCCAGCUGGGAAAAACAAGGAAGAGCACCAGGCAUCUCUAUGGAAGAAAAUGAGAGAACAUUUUGUAUCGAAAUCGCAUACCAUUUGUAGAGACAAUGUCAUACAAGCUGAGCAGGAAGCCAUAACAAAAACAAUGGAUAAGAUUUCUGAAAUGCAAUUUGCCACCACUUUUAAAAUGUUCAAAACUGUUUACAUCCUGGCAAAAGCAUGCAGACCAAUUUCAAGCAUCGAGGAAUUGAUAGAAUUACAAAUUGAAAAUGGACUAGAUCUGGGACUAGGGUUGCAUUCAACAGUUGUCAAAACUGUUGAGUGCAUUGCAAACGAAAUUAAAACCCAAAUGUUUUCCAGCACCAUUACACAGAAUCUGAAAAUAUGUCUGAUCAUUGAUAUCGCCUCAACAGUAUCUUGCAAACCAGUUCCGGUAGUUUUCUUAAAAGUUGAGGACUCGGAGGACCCACCAACAAUUUUUAUCCAGCUGGUUGAAUUGAAGAAACAAGAUGCAGGGACAAUACGUUCUGCAGUUUUUGAAAGUUUACAUAAGGUUGGAUUUAUCUGGGACUACCUACAAAAAAAUUUAACAGCGUUCUGCUCUGAUGGUGCCAGCGUUAUGCUUGGGAGAAAAUCUGGAGUGAGCACCAGAAAAGCCAAAGAGUUUCCAAACAUCAUCAUAUGGCACUGCUUGAACCAUCGCCUCCAACUUGUUUUAGAUGACGCCAUAAAGGAAAUAAAGCAAGUCAAUCAUUUUAAAAAUUGUAUUGAUAAGAUAUGCUCCAUUUUCCAGCAAUCGAAUAAAAACCAAAUUGAACUUGAUGAAAUAUCUGAAGAACUUGAAAUUAACAUCAUAAGGAUUGGUCGGGUUUUUGGGCCAAGAUAGGCUACCUGUAGUUUAAGGGCAACCAUAACUGUGUGGCAUGCUUAUCUUGUGCUACAUCAAUAUUUGCAUGUUCAACUAGUGAUCUGUGAUACGAAAUCCAGCAUAGUUAUCUCGUUUGCUGUGUAUACUGUCAUUUUGUGUAAAUAAUAAAAUACAUUAGAAUUUUAUGAAUCACAAAAACCUCACUGGUUUUCCUUAAUGCCCAAAAGGCAUUUGAUAAUUUGAAUUGGAAUUUUCUAAAGGAGAAAUUAAAAUUUAUGCAAUUUGGGACAAAAUUUGAAAAAAUGAUAGGGGAAAUUUAUGCAAAACAAACGACAAGAAUAAUCAUGAACCAUAAUAUCACAGAAAAAUUUGGAAUAACAAAGGGAUAAGACAGGGAUCCCCACUCUCUCCACUAUUGUAUAUAUUAUGUUGGAGAUGCCAGAGAAGAUCAAUAAAUAAAGGAUCUAAGAAUAAAGAAUGAGGAAUACAAGGUUCAGGCCUUUGCCAGUGACUUGGUGUUUAUAGCAGAGAAUCCACUAGAAUCAGGACCAAAAUUAAUCAAGAAAUUAGAAGAAGUUUGAGAAGUUGCAGGACUUAUCAUAAAUAAAAAUAAAUCAAAAUUAAUAACUAAAAAUCUUACAAAGAAACAGGAAAAAAAUUGGAAAUAAAUACACAAAUUCAAGUAACUAAGAAAUAAAAUACCUUGGAAUUUGGCUAACAGCCUCAAUUAAAGAAGAUAAUUAUGAAAAAAUAGUAAAAUAAGUUAGAAAAGAUUUGGAUAAUUGGAGAAAUUUACAGAUAUCAUUAUUGAGUAGUCACCAUUAAAAUGAAUAUUUUGCCAAAAUUGCUAUUCUUAUUUGAGGCAAUACCAAUAAAAUUGGGGGGGGGGGGAAAUCCUUUGAAACACUAAACAGAAUAAUAGCCAAAUUUAUUUGGCAGGGAAAACAACCAAGAAUAAGACUUAAACUCUUACAGGACACAAAGGGUAGAGGGGGAGUAGCACUCCCAGAAUGGGAAUUAUAUUAUCAAGCUGCUGAUAUAACCUGGCUAAAAGACUGGAUAGAAUUAAGGGAUAAAAGAAUAUUAGAAAUAGAAGGGCAUGAUUUACAAGUGGGGUGGCACGCAUUUCUUUGGGAUGGAAAAUAUAAACACAUAGUUAUUUUAAAAGAUAUAUAAUAAGAAAUGCGCUACUACAAAUUUGGUUGAAAAUUAAAAAACAGCACUAUACAAAAAUUCCAAUUUGACUUUCACCAAUAGAAGCAUUAAAACAUCCAAAUUUAACAAAAUUAAACAAAAUAAUAAGAUACAGAAACUUAAUAGAACAACAAGAGAAAGUAAAAUCAAAAUAAGAAUUGAAAUUGGAUCUAAACAGAGGUACAGACUGGUGGACAUACAUAGAAAUGCAAUCAAAAUAUAAAGAGGAUACAAAAACUUAUGAAAUACAAACAGAACAACAUGAAUUAGAUUAAAUUAUACUUGGGACAGAUGAGAAGCUAAUGAGUAAGAUAUACAAAUUUUUACUGCAUUAUAAAAUGGAAGAGGAGAUAGUGAAAGACACAAUGAUUAAAUAGGCACAGAACUUUAAUUAUACAAUAGAUUUGGAAAGAUGGGAAAUAAUGGGGCAGGUAAACUCAAAACUAACAUUAUCUGCAGCAUACAAGGAAAACCAGCUGAAGAUGUUUUACAGAUGGCACCUUCCACCUACAAGACUUGCAAAGAUGUUCCCAAAUAACACCUCGACAUGUUGGACGUAAAAACACAUGGAACAUAUUGCCAUCUAUGGUGGACGUGUCCGGCAGCAAAAAAAAAUUGGGCAAAUAUAAAGAAAUGGCUAGAAAAGAUAACAGAUCAACCAACUGAAAGAAAGCCAGAAACAUUUUUAUUAGGAAUAUUCAUGAGAAUAUAUACCAAAGAAAUAAAAUAUCUGAUUUUACCCAUUAUAACAGCUGCACAAAUAACAUACGCAAAAAUUGGAAAUAGGAAAGGACACCAACAGAUGAAGAAGUGAUAGGAAAAGUUUUAGAAUGUGCCGAGGUGGACAAGUUAACAAAAGAAAUUAAAGAGAGAGAUUAUUAUAUAAUUUGGAACAAAUGGUAUGAAUGGCUUGAGACUAGAAAUAAAGACCAAAAUACAAAGGGGAGAAACUAGAAAUAUAAUAUAAUAUAUAUUAUAUUAUAA